AUGCGCGCUCGGGGUCCUCUGCCGGAUGUGACCGCUGUGAACGCGACCAUUGGCGCCUGCUCGCGCGCUGCAGCGUGGCCCCAGGCGGUGCAGUUGCUUGCGGAGAGUGGAAGCAAUGCGAACAUCAUCACCUUCAAUGCGACAGCAACGGCUUGUGCCCGGGGGCGGCAGUGGAAGGUGAGCUUAGACCUCGUCCAGGAAAUGCUUCGCCGGGGAAUUGCGCCCAGCGCGUCGACCUGGGGGGCGCAGGCAGCCGCCUGUGAGCGAGGCUCUCACUGGACCGGUGCUAUUCAGACGUUGCACGACAGCCGAAAGCACGGGAUUGAGCCGCAGGUGAUCACCAUCAGCUCAGUGAUCAAAGCGUGCGGCACCGCCCAACGUUGGGAUCUUAGUCUUCAGCUCCUGCACGAGGCGCAGGCGAGAGGCAUUGACGUGGAUGUCAUCACCUUCAACUGCGCUCUUGGAGCCUUAUCACGGAGCGCGAGGUGGCAAGAGGCUCAGUCUCUACUGAGCGAGAUGGAGGGAAGCCACUGCCUCCCCGAUGAUGUUAGCUACAAGCUGGUGGCUGAUGCUCUUCGUGGAACGCCCGGCGAGGCAGCCGUCCAGGUGGCCAGCCCCAGCGUGGCCCAGGCUUGGCAGCCCAAGAACAAUCUGCCCGUUGACAGAAGAGCUUUGGAUGGAAGGCUGUAUGGGCACGAGCCGGUUCUCUGUACGGCUGUGGUGGAGGCCCUGCUCAGCGCCAAGACGGAUGCAGAGCAUGUGGUUGACGCCACUUUCGGGGGUGGGGGCCACUCCAGGGCUUUGCUUCGUCAUCUCCCAAGCACAUCGAAGGUGUUUGCCUUUGAUGUGGAUGCCAGUGCGAUGGCAGAGGCUCGGCGGACAGCUGCCUCAGAUCCACGGCUGGUGCCCAGGCAUGCAGCGUUUGGCAGUCUCCACCAGGUGUUGCCCCCCGGACUGGCGCUCAGGGGCCUCCUCGCUGAUCUCGGUGUCUCCUCAAUGCAGCUGGAUCGCAAGCACCGGGGCUUCUCGCCCAUUGAGGACGGCCCGCUGGACUUGCGCAUGAACUCCGAAAUCGGCCUCUCAGCCUCGCAGUGGCUGGACGCCGUGUCGCCAGAAGAGCUCGCUUGGGUGCUCCGGGAGUAUGGCGAGGACCGUGAUCCCCUCCUCGCAGCGCGCCUUGCCGAGGCCAUAUGCGCCCGGCGCCCGUUGCGACGCACAACGGAGCUCGCCGAGGUCGUGGCUUACGUCAAGGCAAAGACCCUUGGCAAGAAUCCGUUCGAGCAGCCGGCACGGCUGACUUUCCAGGCAAUUCGCUCCCACCUCAACCAGGAGUUCUCACAGCUCUGCGCCCUCCUGGCAGCGACUGUGCAGCGCCUGGCUACGGGCGGUCGGGCCGUCAUCAUUUGCUUCAAGGCGAAAGAGGUUUCCACAGUGCGCCAAUGGCUUCGUCAGCAUGAGGAGCCGAGUCCUGACAUUGUGGCAGGUUGGCCAGAGGAGCGCCUUCUCUCCUUGUAUCCACUUCUCCAGCGAAGCUGCGAGGACCCGAGGGGCUGGAAACAGGGGGCGAGGGCGACAGAGAAGAGCCAUCUCACCCUCCCUCCGGCGAGGGAUUGCGGCAUGGCGCUGCGGCACCGGCAAGUCCUCGCAGCCAUUGUGGCCGUAUCUGUUUCGCCGCUCUGUUUCUUGCAGGGGCCGACUAGGUUGUGGGGAUCGUCAGAGUCCAGACGGCCACGAUCAGACAGACUGCUGCGGAGAGCUGAAGGAGACGAUGCCGGGACACUCAGCAGUUUGGAGGAUGGGAGCAGUGCUGUUGGCGACAGCAGUGCCUGGUGGAACGAUCCAGAGACGGCCUCCUUGGUGGACAAGCUCCAGGUGGAAGAGACCACCGACGCCUUGCAAAAGCUCCGGAGGCAGAUGACACUGGAGGAGCAAGCUUUCGAUCAGGAAAUCGAAGAUGUUAUCAUUGCAGGCAAACGAGCUUUGCUGAAGCUGCGCAUGCAGCGCGCCGUGGAGAUGCCAGGGAUGAAGACGCACAUGUUCAAGAAGAUUCGGAAGCAGAUCGCCAGAGCGAUGACUCUGAGGCGCCAGCGUGAGAUUGCUCGGGGCAUCACCCGGGAGCAGAGCCGCCGCAUGCGACGGCGGCGGCGCCUGGAACUGAAGGUGAAGUACGAGGAGGCUUACGGCGGAGAGCGACCAGGGCCAAAGUGGGCACCCCAGGCUGCCGUGGACGACCAAUCGAAGCGGUCGGCGCAGUUGAUAAACAACAAGGAUCGGCAUGCUACCAGCACGAAGCGGGUCUCGGUCAAAGAGCUUUUGCAAGAAAGUGCGCCGGCGAAAGCCCCUGCACCGCAAGUGGCGACAGCUUCCCCGAAGCAGGUGCCGGCAGCGCAGCCUCCCACACGGCAAGCGCCAGUUGACACACCUCCAGAGGCCACCAAGCCCGUGCAGGCAAGCAAGGCCGCUGUGCCCCAGACAGCGAGCCCCGAGACCCCUGCGCCCACGCAGGAGAAGCCGGUGGCAAAGGCACCACCAGCCCCAGCCCCUGCGACUACAACAGUAGCCGCCGCGGCGACGCUUGCGAAGCCGGCAGCGCCUGUAGAAAGUUCGGCCGCUACCGAUGCAGAACCCGUCUUUGACGAGGCAGACCUAGACGUGCCCUAUGUUACGGUUCAGUUCAAGCUUCCGGAUGGCACACUGCAAGACGUCUACUUCCUCACAUUUCCGUUUGGUUUCGACCUCAACAAGACCAAGCCCAUCACCGUGAG